UAAAAUUUGGAUCAGAAAAUCUGAUCCAUCCCAACUCUAAUUAAUUUUUAUUAACCCAAAUUUUAUUCAAAAAUAUAUUGGAUUUGAUCGAGUUGUCAAAUUGGGUCGUUUUUUGGUCUCAAGCUGACUCAACUAUCACAUGCGCAGACCGAUGAGAAGUUUCGAUUACGGUCCACUCACUCGCACCGGGGAACUCCAGCCACCAACUGCCGCCGGUGGCAUUCUCGUAAAACAAAGUAAGUCCCACCGAAAUCUAAGACGAGGGGAGGGCAUCGCGGUCGUACGGCCGUCCAUCUUCGGACGAACCGCAGGAUUUCAGCCCCCCGCUUAAAUUUAACUUCCGCUGCCAAGUCCCAACCCACAACCCGGCUCUCAACCUCCUCUCCCUGCCGAGCUUACCGCCGCCCCGAUCCCCGGAUUCCCGUUUGUGCGCCGGAGUCGGAGCACCGCCCCGGGCCGCCGAUGAACAUGUGGACCGACGAGAACGCCUCGAUGAUGGAGGCGUUCAUUGCCUCUUCCUCCGACCUACCGCCCUUCCACUGGCCGCCGCCGACUGCGCCGCCGUACGCGGCGGCCCCGGCGGCCCACGUUCCCUCCUCCUCCUCCUCCCAGUCCACCGUCACCUCGGAUGCCUCCCACCUCAGCCAGGAGAGCCUCCAGCAUAGGCUUCAAACCUUGAUCGAGGGGCCGCGGGAGAACUGGACCUAUGCCAUCUUCUGGCAGUCCUCCGGCGACGCGGCCUCCAGCGCCACCGUCCUCGGCUGGGGCGACGGCUACUACAAGGGCUGCGAGGAGGACAAGCGGAAGCGCAGGCGCGGCGGUCCGGCGGCGGAUCAGGAGCACCGUAAGCGCGUGCUCCGGGAGCUCAAUUCGCUCAUCUCCGGCGGCUCCGGGGUUGCCGCGCCCGACGACACGGUGGAGGAGGAGGUCACGGACACGGAGUGGUUCUUCUUGGUGUCAAUGACGGAAUCUUUUGUCGGCGGAACCCGGCUCCCUGGCCAGGCCCUUCUCACCGGAGCGCCGGCGUGGCUCGCCGGAAGGGAGCAGAUGGCCGCCUCGCCGUGCGAGCGGGCGCGGCAGGCCCAGGCGUUCGGGCUCCAGACCAUGGCCUGCUUCCCCGUAGGCUCCGGCGUCGUCGAGCUCGGAUCGACGGAGCGGAUCUUGCAGAGCUCCGAGAUCCUGACCAAGGUCCGGGCCCUAUUCAGGUUUGGAGGCCGCGAGGCGGCAGCCACCGGAUCCUGGCCGCCGCCGCCGCCGUGCCAGUCCGAGGGCGAGACCGAUCCGUCCGUCCUCUGGGUCCCCGGUCCGAUCGUCCACGCCUCUGCCGCUCCCGGGAGCUCGGUCUCGAAGCCCUCUUUCCCGUUCGAAAACCCUAUCUCCAUCGGUCUCAAUGAAAAUCCUAGCUCGAUCCCGGCCCCCCAUCGCUCGCCGCCGCCGCCGCCUCAGAGCAGCAGUACCAAUCCCCAGACCCAAUCCUUCCUCACGAGAGACUUCAGCUUCUCCGAAUUCGGAUUGAACGCCUACCCUUCCCCCCCGAUCUGCAAGCCAGAAUCCGGCGACUUCUCGAAUUAUGGCGAUAGCAAGCGGAAUCCUUCCACCCCCGCCGCCAACGGCGGCCUCUUCUUCCACCACGAGAUCUCCGCCGAGGGCAAGAACAAGAAAUCCGCAGUGGCCACAUCGAGGGGGAGCAACGAGGAGGGGAUUCUCUCCUUCUCAUCAGCCGCCAUAGCGACGGCAGCCUCGGCCCGCCCCUCCCCCUCCUCCGGCGGCGCCGGGCUGUUUACGGGCGACUCAGACCAUUCCGACCUCGAAGCAUCAGUUCGGGAGGUGGAGAGCAGCAGGGUGGCGGAGCCGGAGAAGCGGCCAAGGAAGCGCGGUCGGAAGCCGGCCAACGGCCGGGAGGAGCCGCUCAACCACGUUGAGGCCGAGCGGCAGCGCCGGGAGAAGCUCAAUCAGCGAUUCUACGCCCUCCGUGCCGUAGUCCCGAAUGUGUCCAAGAUGGACAAAGCCUCCCUCCUCGCCGACGCGGUCUCCUACAUCAGUGAGCUCCGGUCCAAGCUCCAAUCUCUAGAGCUGGACAAAGAACGCCUCCAAUGCCAAGUUGAUGCCCUCAAGGAGGAGAGGGACUCUGCAUCGGCCCGCCCGCGGCCGCUGCUCGAUCUUGACCCCAAGGCCAUGAUGAACGGCUGCGGGAGGUGCCACGGGGUGGAGGUGGAGGCGAAGAUACUCGGGUCGGAGGCCAUGAUUCGAGUACAGAGCGACAAGAGGUUCCAUCCGGCCGCGAGGCUGAUGAUGGCUCUCAGGGAGCUUGAUCUUGAAGUCAAUUAUGCCAGUGUCUCAGUGGUCAAGGACCUCAUGAUCCAACAGGCCACAGUCAAGAUGCUGAGCCGGAGCUACACUCAGGAGCAGCUCGCCGCCGCACUCCUCGCCCGAGUUGCCGAGCCACCCCCCCUCCAUUGAUAAAUUGUGAACUUAAUGACCACCAUGACCACCUCAAGGUUGUUUAUGUGUUGGUGAUAUGUAUCUAUGGAUAGUUUCAGCUAGUCUGCAGUCUCUUUAGCAUUGUAUGAUGAGAUGGUAAUCUUCUUCUAUUAGAGAGAAAGGAGGAGCUGCUGCCCCUGAGAAUUUGCAGUGAGUGGUGCUUCUUAAGUGAUCUGCUGUUGUAGAGGAUAUAGUGUUUUAUAGGUAUUGAUCUCCAUGAAGAAGUGUAUAGAUAUUCCUGCAUGCCAUUGCAGAGAAUCUGUUGUUCUAUCCGGUAAACAUGCGUGUAUGAGUGUAAAUCAUCUAUAUUUGAAUGAAGUUAGUGGCCUCUGAGAUCAAAACGAGUCCUCCUGUUGCCUUCUUUUA